CCUGCGUAAAAUAUAAAAGUAUCAUUACUAACUGUCCUCGAAGAGAAAUGCUGUUCGGCUUGGUAUUGUUGCACAAAAGUACCACAUUUUGUACACGUCGCGACUGAAUCGAGAACAUAUCAGCUGCAAAAAACGGGAAUACGCAACGAAGCAGACGCAUAAGAAUUCAAGUACGUUUCGCUCGUCAUUAAAUUACAUUCUUUUUCUUCAUUAAAAGAAGAAAUCGAGAAUUGAGAAAUGCAAUUAUUAAUGUUGCAUUCUGCUUGCGCAAAGCGCUUGCUAAUUCUAUGCGACGAUAACUAGCUCGAAUGCGAUUCAACUCGGGAGACUCAACAAUGUCACAUUCCCCGGUGAAGAGGCGCGAAUUCCUGGACGGUAUCGGGCCGCUCUCGGGUGCAAUGUGUAACAUCGAACGUGUAACGAUCGGGACACGGUUUGUGCCCCCUUCCACAUCUUCCACGCGGCCACUAUUCCUUCUCGCGUGCACAUACAUACACACGCGUGCCGGUGCUCCACGCACACCGGCAAGCCAAUUGGAGAGCCAAGUCUUGGCCAAGUCUUUAUAAGUAGGAGCCAUCCGCGUCCUCAGGACUUACUCCCUCUCGGGAACGUGCCACGAUCGGCAACCGAUUUUCAGAAUAGUUACCGAGAAAAGUUUGAAAAACGCCGGCCAGACUCCCCACGUUUCGCAUACACGCGAGUUCCCAAGAACCACAAGGAUUCAAAGGUCCUCAGGAAACGGAGAAAUUCGCGAAAUGACGAGCACGGACGACUAACGGAAUUCUUUGCCGAAUGCAUCGAAAUAUAAAUUAAUUACAAAAAAUGUGGAAAAUUCGAUCAAUUUUGAGCGUUUUUGCGACGCUACUCAUAACAAAUUUUACAGAAGCUGAUUAUUAUCAAUACAGCCAGAACCAAUAUAGACAGAGCAAUGCUCCUUUUAAAUGUACAGAAGAAGGUUAUCACCCUGACCCGCAUGACUGCAGGGUUUACUAUAGAUGCGUAGAUUGGGGCAACAGCAGUCCGCUGACGACUUUCAGAUUCGAAUGCGGAAUAGGCACAGUAUUUUCAAAAGAUAAGGGAGAUAUUUGUACACAUCCAGAAGACAGCGGUCGAUCUGAAUGUGGUAGUUCUCAAAAUGAACUUGAUUCAAACGAACAAAAUCCUCCUUCGCCUAUAUGGACAACUACAAUAAAAACAACCACACAAUCGCGACCAGACUUAACACAGUUUCCAAUAACUACUAGACCAUCUAUAGUUAUGACAGAAGCCGCUACAACAAUAAAAAAACCGGAAACGACAAUACUACCACCGCUAACAGAUCAACUAAUUACAGACCAACCAGAAAAUAAUAUUAUUAAUUGUCAAAAUGGAGAUCAAUUGUGUACGCAAGAAGGAUUUUUAGCCGAUACUUGUGAUUGUAAAAAAUUCUACAGAUGCGUAAAUGAAGGUUACGGAAAAUUGACGAAAUAUGAUUUUAAAUGUGGCACAGGAACUGUUUGGGAUCCAGAAAUUCAAGCAUGUAAUCACGCUUGGGCUGUUACAAGGAAAAACUGCAGACAGAAUUUGGAAAGUGGAGACAGUACUGAUAAUGGACAAUGGAACGGAGAUACGGGAGAUACUGGACAAUGGAAUGGAGACAAUGGCAGUCCAGGCCAACCAGGACAACCGGGAGAUCCAAAUGGACAACCAGGACAACCUGGAGAUCCAAAUGGUCAACCAGGACAACCUGGAGAUCCAAAUGGUCAACCAGGUCAACCUGGAGAUCCAAAUGGUCAACCAGGACAACCGGGUCAACCAGGAUCGCCGGGAAGUCCAGGUUCUACAGGAUAUCCAGGAACAGCGGGAUCUCCAGGCACUUCGGGAUAUCCAGGAAGACCAGGUUCUCCGGGAUCACCGGGCAGUUCGGAAUAUCCAGGAAAACCAGGUUCUCCAGGUACUCCGGGAUCACCGGGCAGUCCAGGCACUCCGGGAUAUCCAGGAAGACCAGGUUCUCCGGGUACUCCAGAAUCAUCGGGCAGUUCUCAGGGAUCGCCAGGCAGUCCAGGCUCUCCGGGAUAUCCAGGGACACCGGGUUCUCCGGGUACUCCAGGAUCGCCAGGCAGUCCAGGCUCUCCGGGAUAUCCAGGAAGACCAGGUUCUCCGGGAUCGCCAGGCAAUCCAGGCUCUCCGGGAUAUCCAGGAAGACCAGGUUCUCCGGGAUCGCCAGGCAGUCCAGGCUCUCCGGGAUAUCCAGGGACACCGAGUUCUCCAAGCACUCCAGGGUCGCCGGGUAGUUCAGGCUCUCCGGGAUAUCCAGGAAGCCCAGGUACUCCAGGGUCGCCAGGCAGUCCAGGCUCUCCGGGGUAUCCAGGAAAACCAGGUUCUCCGGGAUCGCCAGGCAGUCCAGGCUCUCCGGGAUAUCCAGGGAGCCCAGGUACUCCAGGAUCGCCAGACAAUCCAGGCUCUCCGGGAUAUCCUGGGAUACCAAGUUCUCCAGGCACUCCAGGGUCGCCGGGUAGUCCAAGCUCUCCAGAAUAUCCAGGAAGCCCAGGUAUUCCAGGGUCGCCAGGCAGUCAAGGCUCUCCGGCAUAUCCAGGAAGCCCAGGUACUCCAGGGUCGCCAGGCAGCCCAGGCUCUCCGGGGUAUCCAGGAAAACCGGGUUCUCCGGGAUCGCCAGGCAGUCCAGGUUCUCCGGGAUAUCCAGGGAGCCCAGGUACUCCAGGAUCGCCGGGUAGUCCAGGCUCUCCGGGAUAUCCAGGAAGCCCAGGUACUCCAGGGUCGCCAGGCAGUCCAGGCUCUCCGGGAUUGCCAGGUAGUCCAGGUUCUCCGGGCACUCCAGGGUCGCCAGGCAGUCCAGGCUCUCCGGGAUUGCCAAGUAGUCCAGGUUCUCCGGGCACUCCAGGGUCGCCAGGCAGUCCAGGCUCUCCGGGAUUGCCAGGUAGUCCAAGUUCUCCAGGCACUCCAGGGUCGCCGGGUAGUCCAAGCUCUCCGGGAUAUCCAGGAAGCCCAGGUUCUCCGGGAUCUCCGAGCAGUCCAGACUCUUCAGGAUAUCCUGGAACGCCAAGUUCUCCGGGUACUCCGGGAUCACCAGGAAGUCCAGGUACUCCUGGGUCGCCAGGCAGUCCAGGUUCUCCAGGAUAUCCAGGCACACCGGGUUUUCCGGGCGCUCCAGGGUCAUCGGAUAGUUCAGACUCUCCAGGAUAUCCACCGAAUUCUUCUGGCAAUCAACCGUCGGGUCUUUGCACAGCAGAAGGCUUUUUUGCUGACCCACAAGAUUGUCGUAAAUUUUAUCGAUGUGUCGAUAAUGGAAUGUCCUCCUUUACAAAAUACGACUUUCAAUGUGGUGCUGGAACCGUCUGGGAUUCGUCUGUUCAGAGUUGCAAUCAUGCUUACGCUGUGCCAUAUUGUAAUCAAGCGAAUGGUGCAGUUACAGACAAACCAGACUCAUCACUGAAUGAAGUUGAUAGUACCAAUAAACCAGAUACAAGCAAAUUACCACCGCAAUCUUCUGAAAGCUCUACUUUCCCAUCUAUAUCUUCAAAACCAGAAACACAAUCUUCGACUCAAGUUGUUACCACAAGUAAUCCAGCUGCACCAUCUCAAACGACAUCAAUCUAUUUGCCACCAAGUAGUACAUACUCGCCUUCAACGCAAGUUACCGAAUCCGUUUCUUACCUUCCUCCUGCAACACAAAAGCCCACCACUUCUAUAUCUUAUUUGCCACCCUCUGCAACUACCAGCGCGGUGUCUGGAUCAACACCUGAAUCCGUUUCAUAUUUGCCACCUGAUACUAGUGCAAAACCUACAACUACUUUACCAAGUUCUGCAUCGCCUACUGCCUCUUCGCCUCAGAAUGAGAAAUCCGAGUGUACUACAGAAGGUUUCUUCCCGGAUUCUAAUAAUUGUAAAAAUUUCUACCGCUGCGUGCAAGGCCAAUCCGGAUAUCAAAAAUAUGAAUUCGAGUGCGGUCCUGGUACAGCAUGGGAUCAAUUACUACAAACAUGUAAUCAUGCUGAGCAAGUAGCUUCAUGUUCAAAAGGCAGUAAUGAAAUUGAUCAAGGCCUUGGUCCUAGUACUUCUGAUUCUACCUCUGAUUUUCCCGUCACAAGUAGUUCCACAACUACUUCUUCUAGUCAAAUCGUUAUAACUACUUCAUCUUCAAUUUCCGAAAGCACUACAAUUGCUAGUACUCCAAGCGAAACAGCUGAAUCAAUUACAUCAGAGGCAGAUAAAAUAGAUUUAUCGUCAACAACUAUCAUGUCUAUUAGUACUAGCGAAAAUCCUGUUUCGGGAAGACCAGAAGAGAUUCAAAUGCCUGAAAGCUCCAGUACAGAAAGUUCAUCCGAACCUUCGUCUGAAUCUUCUACCUCUGAAUCAAGUGAAGAACCAUCUUCAUCCACUGAAGAAUCAUCUUCCUCUACUGAAUCACAUAAACCAGACUGUGCGACACAGAAACCGAACAGCGCAAUAGUAUGCAACGCUGAAGGAUUUUAUGCACAUCCGGCUAAAUGUGAUAAAUUUUAUCGUUGCGUUGAUAAUGGCAAUGGAUUCAAUGUAUAUCAUUUUGACUGCCCACCAGGAACUAUUUUUGAUCCUAGCAUCAGUGUAUGUAAUUAUCCUGAAUCUGUUUAUCCAGCGAGAGAUUGCACAAUUGGAAAUGCUACAGCAGCGAUGGAAUCCACAACUCAAUCCGGAACACCUGAACAAUCGACAUCAAUGGAAGCUACGACACAGAGCACAGCUCAGCAAACAGAAGAAGGCACAACUACAUCCGCAGAGCUUGGUACGACAAUGUCAUCAAUGGAGACUACUUCAGAAGAAAGCGCUAUAGCAGAAUCUACGGCAAAUAUGCCAGAGAGUACUGAAAGCAUGACAGAAUCCGAAUCAACUGCUGCCACAACAGAAGCGGAACAGACUGGCACUUCUGAACGAACUGACGAAACCACAACUGAAGUUGUUGCUUCCACAGAGUCCGGGACGACUGAAUCUCAAGAACAGUCUACAACAGAAUCUCAGGAGCAAUCGACGACCGAAUCCCAGGAGCAAUCGACGACCGAAUCUCAGGAGCAAUCGACGACUGAAUCCCAGGAGCAAUCAACAACUGAAUCCCAAGAGCAAUCAACAGAGUCAAAAGAGCCAGCCAGUACAGAAGCUCAAGAACAAUCGACAACCGAAUUGCAAGAACAAUCUACGACAGAAUUUCAGGAGCAAAUGACGACUGAAUCUCCAGCAACAGCAGAGCCAGCACCAUGCUCUAUAGGCAACUUAACUGACGAACAAAUAAUUUUAGUUUGUCCUUCUGGUUUCCGAAGACAUCCGAAAUAUUGCAAUCUAUUCUAUCAGUGUACCUCUGAGGGCAACAUGGAAAUUAAGAUCCUCGUAUUAAGUUGUCCAGAGGAUACAAUCUUCGAUGAAAAACAGAUUCAAUGUCUACCUGCAAGUAGAAGCAGUCAGCCAUGCAUGGGCACCAGAGCAAGCGCUAGAUUUUAUAGAAGAUUAGAAGACAAUUCUUUAUCACCUGUAAAAGUAUCGUCAAAUCCACUUUGUCCAGAAGAAGGACACUUCCCGUAUCGACAAGGUUGCAGCAAUACCUUUUACAAGUGUAAACGUGAUACCCGAAACAACUUACAGGGAUACCUCUAUAAAUGUCCUGAAGACUUCGUUUACUGGUCGGUCUCCAGAAGAUGCGAACGCGUGACACGUCUCCCAAUGUGUUCUCAUUUGUCGUAUAAAAACAAAAUCGACUGGAACGACCGGUGGCAAGUACCGAUCGAAGAUUAUAAUCUCUCGGCUAGAAUGUUACGCUUCUCUUGAUCACUUGAUGACACUAUCU